GCGCGUGAAUGAAGUUGUUGUGUUGCCCUUAACGCAGACUCAGUUGGUUAUUGGUCUUCACGCUGUGAACGCGCUUUCAUUGGGAUUGUGACGGUGUAAUCGUUUCGCUCGUUUUUGUUUCAAAGUUUAAAGGAAAUACAAAUUUUGCAUUUUUAGAAAAAUUUAAAUAAAAUGAUUUCCCGAGUGACAUUCCUUCAUAUCACCACACUGGGCCUCUGCCUUGCUACAACAAUGGCAGCCAUACUACCUGCAAAAAUUGCCCUCGUAGAAGAAAACGACUUCUAUCCAUCUACGCCAAACGAUAUAAUACCAAUACAACCGGCACUGAUCUAUCCACAGUCGAGGGGUACUUACCAGGGCAGGAAUCUUUUCAAGGAAAACGAUAUAAUUUAUGUAAAACUACUGAAUCGUCAAGGAUAUCGGCCGAGAAAAUUAAAACACAUCGAUGAAGCCGACAAUGAAAUGCAAAUGAAGGACAUUUUCUUUGUGAAAGCCAUUACCAAUGGCCAAUUUAGCACCAAUCGUUUAAAAGUUUAUCGUGUGCCCGAAUUCUAUGCCAUAAAUGUCUACAAGAAAGGCGAACUGAUGAUGGAACAAUAAUUAGCUUAGUCUUCGAAUUAUUGAAAUUAUAAAUUUAAAUAAAUUAUUCUUAAAAUAUUAGUUAUAUAUAUAUAUAUCUUAAACUGCAUAUAUGUGAUGAUUAUACAUUGUACACAAUGAACUGUGAAAUUUUAAAUUUAAGAGUUAAAUAAAUUAUAUUAUUUGAAUACAAUAAUUUUAAUUUAUUAUAUUGUAAAUGCAACAAUUAGAAAGAAAAAAAUAAAUAUAACAACAAAUGUAAAAAACAUUGAAUGAUUUCUUUAAUAUAUUGGCUGAUGCGCACGACAACUCUCGAAGGGGUUAUGCAAUAUGCUAAACAUUUAUUCUCAUACCAAAUUUUAAUAAAAAUAAGUAAA